CCUAAUAAAGUCUCAUUUUACAACUACUACUAUUCUAGUAUUUCUCUCAUUAGUCUCCUUUCAUUUAUUCAUAACACACACACACUCCAUCUUCAUUCCACUCUCAGAUCACACAUUUUCAUAACAUGAUUCUUAUAUAGUUAUAAAUAUAAUGAUGAGUCAACUUGCAGCGGAGGAGCAACUGGCCGGAGAAUACCGUGACCGGAAUGCUGGAACCGGAGGAAGGACGGUAGUUGUAGGUGUGAAGUUAGAUUCACAAAGUAGAGAGUUGCUGACGUGGAGUUUAGUUAAGCAAGCUCAGCCUGGUGAUAGUCUCGUUGCUCUUCAUAUCCUUACCAAUAAUGAAAUUAUGGAUCGAGAUGGGAAAUCUUCAUUGUUAUCACUUGUGAAUUCGUUUGAUUCGGUUUUGGCUGUUUAUGAAGGAUUUUGUAACUUAAAACAGGUUGAUCUUAAGUUAAAGAUAUGUAGAGGUGCUUCAGUUCGAAAAGUUCUUGUUCGAGAAACUAAAGCUUAUGGAGCGAAUGAGAUUAUCGUUGGAACAUCACGAAAUAAUCAUACGGUGAAGUCAUCAUCCUCGAUAGCAAAGUACUGUGCUAAAAAACUAUCGAAAAGUUGUUCAAUAAUUGCUGUAAAUAGUGGCAAAGUUGUGUUUCAUAGACAUUCACCUUCAUCAACUUCCAGUACAAAAAAAGGGAGUUCAGAUCACCAUAAGAAUCAGUUACUUAGUUUGUUUCAUAAAUCAUUGAGUUUCAAUCCGAAAGUACUAAAGAAUGGAAAUGCCGAACACUACAAUCAAAGCGAUGGCAAGAACCUGGAGUUGGCUUUAGUAAAAUAUGAAACUGAGUGCAUACCGAGUGCACUCAAAGAAAAUUGUCGAAUUUGUUCAUUGGAUCCAGUUCUUCCUGUUCUUGAGGAUUUUUGUGAUAAUGGUGACGACGAUGAAGAUAAUUCCAUGGCUUUAGUACCUGUACAGAAACUAGAAGGGUCGUCAAGUUCAACUUCUUUGUUACUAAGAGAAUUGCCUGAACUAAGACCUGGUUGGCCACUUCUUCGUCGAGCCAUUUUAUCUAGUCAGCUAUCUUCUAAAAGAUCGCGGGUCCACCAGAUAUCGGUUGUCCAAUGGGCUAUGAAGCUUCCUACUAGAGAUUGUAUGCAAAUUACGAACACAGAUUCAAGCAAUGAUGGUGUGUUUGAUGAUCAGAAAGACGGGUCCUUUGAAGUAAAUGAAGAAACUGGAGCAAUUGUUUGCGUUGGUGGUGAUGGAUCUCAAGCUAAUUUAUCUUCUCCAAAUCAUGAUUCAAUACGUUUACCGAAAGAGUUGGAGGGUUUUCAUGAAAAAUAUUCAGCCACUUGUAGAUUGUUUCAAUAUCGAGAGCUUCUUUCAGCAACAGCAAGCUUCAAGCCCGAGAAUAUGAUCGGAAAAGGAGGUAAUAGUAAAGUCUACAGAGGGUGUCUUCCAGAUGGCAAGGAAAUAGCCGUUAAAAUCUUGAAAUCAUCUGAAGAUGUCCUGAAAGAAUUUGUGUUAGAAAUUGAGAUAAUAACAGCUCUUCGUCAUCAAAAUAUCAUUUCACUUUUUGGGUUUUGCUUUGAAGACAACAAUCUUCUCUUGGUUUAUGACUUUCUGUCAAGAGGAAGUCUUGAAGAUAACCUGCACGGUAAUAAGAAAAAUGUGGCAUUUGGAUGGAGUGAAAGAUAUAAGAUCGCUGUGGGUGUCGCCGAGGCACUCGUUUAUCUACAUAGUAGCUGUGAUCAAACAGUAAUCCACAGAGAUGUAAAAUCAUCAAAUAUAUUACUGUCUGAUGAUUAUGAGCCGCAGCUCUCUGAUUUUGGGCUUGCAAAAUGGGCGUCGACCACCUCAUCUCAUAUAACCUGCACGGAUGUUGCCGGGACCUUUGGCUACUUGGCUCCUGAAUAUUUCAUGUAUGGCAAAGUAACCGAUAAGAUUGAUGUCUAUGCAUUUGGCGUUGUUCUUCUUGAGCUUCUUUCGGGAAGAAAACCAAUAAGCAAUGAAUACCCGAAGGGAGAGGAAAGCUUGGUUAUGUGGGCAAAGCCGAUUUUGAGUAGUGGGAAAUUUCAUCACCUGUUAGACAAAAGAUUGGUCUGUAAUUAUGAUGCCGAUCAGAUGGAAAGGAUGGCUUUAGCUUCUACUCUGUGCAUUAGGCGUGCACCACGUGCUCGGCCUCAUAUGAGCUCUGUGCUGAAACUUCUACAAGGUGAUGUUGAGGUGACGAAAUGGGCCAAGCUAGAACUCGAUUCUACAGGAGGGUCUGAUGCAAGACUACAAGUUUUAGAAGAUGAAGGGUUUUCUCAAUCAAAUCUAAGGUCUCAUCUUAACCUUGCAUUGCUUGAUAUCGAAGACUCAUCGCUUUCCAUGAGUAGUGUUGAAGAAAGUGUGUCAUUAGAAGAUUAUCUUCGAGGCAGGUGGAGCCGCUCUUCAAGUUUUGACUAAUCAUGCGCACAAUGGUGGAUCUACACUUUUUAACUGGAGCAUGUGCUAUCAUUACAACAAACCCUAGUAUUAUAUGUCUACACUAGUCGUUACAAGGUGGAAAAACAAACGUUUUUAGAUGGGUACGCGCAUACUUUAAGAUCUGUCCCUGCAACACACCUCAAAUUUGUAUACCCGACGCCUUUGGAUGUGAUUUUUAGGUCUGAUUCAUGUAAAUUCAUUGUUUUUUUUUUUUGUGGUGUUUUAACUUGUGAUGUUCAUGUUUAACUGAAAUUAAGUACAUUAGAAUGGUCUCUUUUUGAUGAGAUCAGAAUUCCAAGUGUAAAAAGAGAAUGAUGUUUCCUAAUACAAUAAAAAGCUAAUUAUGUUUUGUUUUGUUA